GUUUUUUUUUUCAACUUGAUUGGGAUCAUUUUGCCGAAGAUGGCAGUCUCGAUAGUCUUUGCGCGCUUCCUCUUGUUGUGUAUGACACUUUUUGGGAUAUCUAAUGCCCAGCGAAUCCCUCGGCGUCCACCUGGAUUCACACUCGGAAGCGGCAGUGCUGACGCCGGCGUGCAGCUUGAGUCGUACAUCGACUUGUUGUGUCCGGAUAGCAAAUCAGCGUACCCAGGACUGAAGAAGCUGGUGGAACAUUAUCAAGCCAAUGAACUUCGUGUCUGCUUGGUGCUAUUCCCUUUGCCGUAUCACCAACACGCAUUUGCUACUGCGGAGGCGGCAUUUACGAUCACGACGGCUUUGGGAGACAAGAGCUUCACCACAUGGCUCGAAACAAUCUACACGAACCAGGACAUAUUCUGGAACAAGGCGACAAAGGAUCUGAGUCCCGUGCAAGUGGUGAAGAAGCUCAAGAAGCUGGCUCAAAAAACGUUCCCGUCGCUGACGGACAAGCAGUGGGACGAGCAGAUGACGGGAUAUGGAAGAACGGACGUGGAUGACCACACUCGUGAAUCCUGGAAGUACACAUGCUCCAGAGGCAUGUCCGGCACGCCCAUGUACACAUUGAACGGCGUCCCUUUUGAGGCUGGCGCAGACUGGACCUUUGAGCAAUGGUACAAAGUUAUUGACCCGCUGGUGAAAGCCAACAAACCUGCUCUGGAGUUGCAAGCUCAAACCCAGGUGUGGAAAGAUGUCCAUCUGAGUGGAGUUCCACGUGCUCAGCCAGAUCGAGAUGUUAUGCACCUUGUGAGUGCUGGCGAGUGGGCUACUACUGCGCAAGUGUGCGAAGGCAUUGCUGCUGGAACGAGAGCGUGUGAGUUUGCACCCGGUCGUGCGAUGUGCUGCCAACCUGACGAAGCCUGUAUUCUUCGCGAAGGUUGCGUGCUAUUGCAGUGAGACAACGAGAUUCAUGCAGUCAAGAUGCAGUAUAACGAGUCGUGUACAAGCAUUGGGAGAUGGCGUGCGAACCAUGCGUUGUUACUUUUAUUUUUUUCAAGUGCAAUGACAGCAUCAUCGUUUUCUUACCAGUUCUGAAAUUUACAUCUCGAAAUGAAUCAACUUUCUUAAGUUUACUAAU